AUGACCACCGCUCUCAAGAGUAUUCGAUCGCUCGCUCCUCUCCUCGACCGUGUUCUGGUCCAGCGAGUCAAAGCUGAGUCAAGAACUGCCGGUGGCAUCUUCCUUCCCGAGAGCAGCGUCAAAGAAUUGAAUGAAGCAAAGGUUCUGGCGGUCGGACCCGGUGGCUUUGACAAGGAUGGGAAGAGAAUAGCAAUGAGUGUGAAGGAGGGUGACAAGGUGUUAAUUCCUCAGUAUGGUGGCAGCCCCGUCAAAGUUGGAGAAGAGGAAUAUCAUUUGUUCCGGGAUCAUGAGUAUGUGUUACCACCCUCCGCUUUCAAACCUGCACUGUCCCUCCUAACCGUCACGACAAGGCUCCUCGCAAAGAUCAACGAAUAG